GAAUGCAAAAAUAAACUCGUUGAAAGAAAGAAAGAAAUAGGAGUCCCUCCCAAGUAGAAGAAAGAGCGCGACAAUGUUACACAGACAGAGGUUUUUGGUUUAGGGUUUUUCAUUCCUGAACGAAAAAAGCUGCUAAGCACUACGUUUUCGCCUCAACAAUUCUUCGUCGCCUUCAUCGAAUUACACUGAUAUAUUUGAAUUUGGAAUUUUGAAUUUAAGGCUGAAGUAAACAGAAAUAUUAUGGCUGAUUUAGAAAAUUUACUUUUGGAGGCUGCUGGGAGAAACCGACAUUCUCUUCCGCCUUUGAGUAAACGGAGUGAAUUGGAUAGUGGGAGUGGUUCUGAUUCUGACUCUGAUUCUGAUGAUGACGAGCAUGGUUAUCGGGGUAAAAAGCCGACUCAGGUUCCUCUAAAGAAGAGAGGAAGAGAAGAUGACAGUGGUGGUGAUGACAAUGAGGGGGAUAGUAGUGAGGAAUCUGAUGUUGGUGAUGAUCUUUAUAAGGAUGAGGAUGAUAGACAGAAACUUUCUGAGAUGACUGAACUUCAAAGAGAGAUGAUUUUGUCGGAUAGGGCUUCUAAGAAGGAUGAUAAGGAUUUUUUGGGUAAGAUAGCGUCAAAGCGGGAGAAGGAAAAAAGGGCAUCUGUGUCUAGAAGAGAGAGUCCUCCGCCUAUUAUGUCUUCUCGUGUGCGGACAUCUGCCAGAUCUGCUGACAGGUCAGCUGCAAAGGAUGGUGCAUUAAAUGAACUGCGUGCUAAGCGGUUGAAACAACAAGACCCAGAAGCGAAACGCAGGAUGAAUGAGGCGUCUAAAAGUGAAGGACCGGGGCUUUUUUCGCAAAAAGGGAAACAUAAUAUCAGUAGCUCAAGUCAUAGUGGAAGUGAAAGUAGGUCUCGUAGUGAUGAUGAAGGUUCGAAUGGAGAUGGAGGGAUUAUUGACAGCGAUGAUGACAAGAUAAUGUCUGGACGUGACAUGCCUUCCUUUGAGGACAUACGGGAAAUCACCAUUCCCAGGUCAAAACUUGCAAAAUGGUUGAUGGAGCCAUUUUUUGAGGAGUUAAUUGUGGGUUGUUUUGUAAGAGUUGGUAUUGGUAGGUCAAAGACUGGGCCUAUCUACAGGCUCUGUAUGGUGAAAAAUGUUGAUGCCUCAGAUCCUAACCGGUUGUAUAAAUUAGAUAAUAAAACCACAUACAAGUACUUGAAUGUUGUAUGGGGAAAUGAAACUUCUGCUGCGAGGUGGCAAAUGGCUAUGGUUAGCGAUUCUCCCCCGGUUGAGGAGGAGUUUAAACAGUGGGUUAAGGAAGUAGAGCGAAGUGGUGGCCGGAUGCUGAUGAAGCUAGAUGUGAUGGAAAAAAAGAAAGCCUUACAGAAAAUCAAUAAUUUUGUUUACUCUGCAGCUACUGUGAAGCAGAUGUUAGAGGAAAAGAAAUCUACCUCACGGAGGCCACUAAAUGUUGCAGCUGAGAAGGAUCGGUUGAAAAGGGAAUUGGAAAUAGCAGAAAGCAAAAAAGAUGCAGCUGCAGUAGAGAAUAUCAAGACAAGACUGCAAGAGCUGGAGGAGUCACGGAAAGUUCGGGAGAAGGAUGCCAAGGCUUUGAGGCUUUCUGAGAUGAACAGAAAGAACAGGUUUGAGAACUUCAAAAAUGCAUCUGAAAUGAAGCCAGUAAAUAAAGCUUUGAAAGCAGGGGAGGCAGGUUAUGAUCCCUUUUCAAGGAGAUGGACUAGAUCAAGGAACUACUAUAAUUCAAAACCGGCUGAAGAGGCUGCAGCUGAAAAUAAUAGUUCUGGGGAUGCAGUUGGUGAUGGAGGCAACAAUGGGACGGGAACUGGUAUGGUGGCCACUGCCGAGGCUUUGGAAGCUGCUGCUGGGGCUGGGAAGUUAGUAGACACAAGUGCUCCAGUGGAUCAAGGGACGGAGUCAUAUGUACUGCACGAUUUUGAGCUGCCAAUAUCACUAGCCUUACUCCAAAAGUUUGGUGGAGCACAGGGAGUUCAUGCAGGGUUUAUGGCAAAAAAGCAGAGAAUUGAAGAAACCGUUGGAUUUCGGGUCCCAGAAAACGAUGGAAGGAGUCAUCUGCUGACAUUAACAGUUAGUGAUUACAAAAGAAGAAGGGGACUUCUUUAAAAUUUGAAGUGAGAAUUUUUCUUUAUGUUCACUCUUUUCAAGGCAAAAGUUGGUUUGUAUUUUCUGCAGGUUUUGCAACUGAUCAUAGUGUUUUCAAUCUGAGACAAACCCCUUAGGAUUAAAGUUUAAAUUUGUAGUUUAGAUCUGAAAUUCUUGUUAAGUUGAAGCAGAUUUUUAAAUUAUGUUAUCCAUUCUUAUUUAUUUAUCCUGUUUCUCACUUCA